GAGAAGGAGAUCAUUAGGGAAUAGACUGCACAGUAACUGCCGGAGAACGGAAGGGCGUAGCAGCGAUGAAGAUCCUGGUCGCCGUCAAGCGGGUCGUCGACUACGCCGUCAAGGUCCGCGUUAAGCCCGACAAGAGCGGGGUGGAGACGAGCAACGUGAAGAUGUCGAUGAACCCCUUCUGCGAGAUCGCGCUGGAGGAGGCCCUCCGCAUCCGGGAGUCUGGCGCCGCCGACGAGGUCGUCGCCGUCACCGUGGGCCCCGCUCAGUGUGCCGACACCCUCCGGACCGCCCUCGCCAUGGGCGCCGACCGCGCCGUCCACGUCGACGCCGGGGCGGCCCCCGUCCUCCCGCUUUCCGUCUCCAAAAUUCUCAGGGCCCUCGUCCAGGUGGAGCAGCCCGGACUCUUGAUUCUGGGCAAGCAGGCUAUUGAUGACGACUGCAACCAAACAGGACAGAUGGUAGCUGGACUGCUGAAAUGGCCACAAGGAACAUUUGCUUCAAAGGUUGUAUUGGACAAGGCAAAACAAGUAGCAACAGUGGAAAGAGAAGUCGAUGGUGGUCUAGAGACUCUUUGUCUAGAUUUGCCUGCAGUAAUCACCACGGACUUGAGGUUAAAUCAGCCAAGAUAUGCAACGCUCCCCAAUAUAAUGAAAGCUAAAUCAAAGGUCAUCAAGAAAUUUACUCCUGAAGAGUUAAAUGUGGAGAUUAAGUCAGAUCUAGAGGUGGUUCAGGUCACUGAACCUCCAAAAAGGAAAGCUGGUGUUAUCGUUUCCUCUGUGGAUGAGCUCGUUGACAAGUUGAAGAAUGAAGCUCGUGUCUUGUAAUGUUUUGGUGAGUGGACAUCAUGACUGAUGGGAGUUCGUUGCUGCAACUGGUUCAGUUUGGCCUCACCUCACAUCGCCACAACGAAAAACCACAGUUGUUCAUGAUGGCAAAGUAGAAAUUUCAAAUAAAUUCUUUGUGUACGUUUUGGUAAUAGUACGAUACCUUAUGGAAUAAAUUAGGGGCACAGAUACUAGUUAAGAUAAAAAUUCAUGUAUCAGACAAGCUGCACCAUCCUAUGGUCACCUGAAAUUAUCUCCACCCACUCCUCCCCACCAACUUCAAUACUUCUUGAAUUGUGAUUCUCCUCCAAUGCAAUAUGUUUCUUGUAGGAUAUCUAGCAACUUGAAUUUCAGCUGAGUUGAUCACCUUCCA